CUUCAAGAGAGAGCAGCAGAGAUACAUAUUGAACACAUUAUAGCAGAGCGGCUUGUUCUGUAGGACUGUAAGGCUUCGCUACGCAACAAUGUAAAUCAAAUAUAACACCUUAAAUACGAGCACUGCGUCGGUAUCUCGGAAUGCACGCUGCGAAAAAACAUUUUUUUGUUUGUUUUGUCUCCAUACUCGUCCGUAUGUACCAGUGCAGGCAGAAACGGGGGCUUCGGACAAACGCGGACCACCUUUACGUGGGGUAAUCUGAAAGUUAAUUGGAUCGCGGGCCUUGCGACGACACUUUGCGUUUUGCAGACCUCAUCCCCACAUUCUUUUACACUGCGGGAGGAAGUGAGAGGACUGGCGACACGGGCUGAUAAAAUACCGACAAUGAACGUGGAAUUACCUCCAGUUGCAACAUGGCUGCUGCUUAGAUGUUUAUUGGAAAAGUUCAGCCCCGAACAUUAGGAAAGUUUGCGAAAAGGGAACUUUUGUGGCAUAAUUCAUCUCUGAUUUGCACCAGGCUGGAUACGACCACAACGUAGGAAAGUGAAGAUCCUGCGUCAGUCAGCCUGGACCCUGCGUGACACUGAACUAACACCGAGGACUUUCUCUGAAUAUUCUCGCUUUUAAACUUUUGAUCGCACAGUAAGAAUGCAUUUCUCUAUCCCUGAGACGGAGGUCCGGUCCGAUGAAAACGGAUCUACAUAUGUGGCUUACAAUAUCCACGUCAAUGGCGUCUUGCAUUGUCGUGUACGUUACAGCCAACUUCUAGGCCUCCAUGAACAGAUAAAAAAAGAAUACGGAAACAACGUGGUGCCGACGUUUCCGCCAAAGAAGAUCUUCACCCUCACACCAGCAGAAGUCGAUCAGAGGAGAGAACAGUUAGAAAAAUACAUGCAAGCUGUUCGCCAGGACCCUAUUUUGGGAGCCAGUGAGAUGUUUAACAGCUUCUUAAGAAAAGCUCAACAGGAGACACAGCAGAUCCCCACUGAGGAGGUGCAGCUGGAAAUCUACCUGUCCAAUGGCCAGAAAGUCAAAAUCAAUAUCCUCACAUCUGAUCAAACCGAAGACGUUCUCGAGGCUGUGGCUUCAAAUCUGGACCUCCCUGAUGAGCUGGUGGGAUACUUCAACCUCUUUCUGGUUCAGGAGAGGGGGGAUGGGGGCUGCACAUACGUGAGGAAACUGCAAGAAUUUGAGCUCCCCUACGUGUCCGUCACCAGCUUGCACAGUCCUGACUACCGCAUCGUCCUCCGCAAAAGCUACUGGGACACAGCAUAUGACAGUGAUGUCAUGGACAACCGUGUGGGACUGAACUUGUUGUAUGCUCAGACGGUGUCUGACAUCGAGCGGGGAUGGAUCCUGGUGAACAAAGAUCAACACAGACAGCUGAAAUCCCUGCAGGAGAAGGGCUCAAAGAAGGAGUUCAUCAGAUUGGCUCAGACGCUUAAGUACUACGGCUACAUCAAGUUUGAUCCUUGCAUCACAGAUUUUCCAGAGAAGGGCUGUCACGUCAUAGUCGGGGCCGGCAACAACGAACUCAACUUUCAUGUCAAACUGCCCAACGAGCAGAUGAAAGAGGGCAGCUUCAAAGUCACACGCAUGAGAUGUUGGCGGGUCACGUCAUCUCAGGUGCCUGUGGCGAACGGUACCGCGAACCCGAGCAGUUCUACCAAAUGUGAUGUGAAACUAGAGCUGGCCUUCGAGUACUUGAUGAGCAAAGACCGUCUGCAGUGGGUCACCAUCACCAGUCAACAGGCUAUCAUGAUGAGCAUCUGUCUUCAGUCUAUGGUCGAUGAGCUUAUGGUAAAAAAAUCUGGCGGGAGCAUUAAAAAGCAGAUGCAGAAGAAACGACUGAACGGAACUGUCCAUCGAUCCGACAGUCAGCAGGCUGUAAAAUCUCCUCCAUUACUAGAUUCUCCUGAUCCCAGUCGUGAACAAGUGGUCAAACUCUCGACCAAGCUGUCAUCUGUUUCCCUGAGAGGACUCAGUUCUUCCAACUCCGCGAACGACAUCAGUGGCAAUGAUUUCCAUGGAAACUACGCCUUUGAAGGAAUCGGGGACGAUGACCUGUGAUGGAGCCGCCCUCAUAGACUGAAGGAAGGAGCGCACAUAAAAUUAGUUUCUUUGAGCCGAGUUUAGUUUAAAGCCCAGAUCUGCAGUGUUGUAACUUUUCCCUUCGUAAAAAAAUGUGUAAUUAGGGACAAUGUCAAAGUUCACAAAGCUGCCUCAGGGCAAGUUAUUACAUUCAUAAGAGACACAACAUAUAGGCAAAUGAUGGAAAAAGGCUCUAUUGAAUCACACUUCCUUAAAAGAGACGUAAAACUGUGCUUUUCCUCUUAUCUUGUCAUCGGGCAGGCAUGAAAUUAAAUUCCACCACCUCAUUUUUAGUGUAGGUGUGUCCAGCAAAUUGUAUAUUUUCCUUUUCAAAUCUAUUAAGAAGUUUAUUUAAUAGAGAUGUGGUUUGCUUCGUACCGUGCAAUGUGCCAACGUUUGCCAAAAGGGUCAUUACAACCCGUUACAAUGUAGUUCUCUGCGGCUUCCUGUUUGUUCGGGGGACGUCAUGGAACCAUCCACUCGACCCGAUGCCUGUUGCUUAUUCAUUGUGGCAUCAGUGCUUAUUCAAGAUGAGAACGCAAAUUUAGAAUGAGAGGCCUUAUGCUGAUUCAGCCUCCUUCCAGAUCAAAAUCAGCUUCUCAAAAUGAAAAUAAAUGUAGCGCCGGACACAAGUGGGCUGAAAGCUGUGUCCUGAAUCUUGCUUGUUUGUUCUCUUCGGUAGGCCCGCUGCACUAGCUGAACCCGUGUAUUUGCACAGUAUUAAGAAAGGCUGAAUUGCUCGGAUAUUUAUUGAGAAAUUGUGGAAAACAUCCUGGAACAUUCGCAAAAGGUUUGGAGGCGUGUCAUUUGAUUUUUGUGUUCGUCCGUGUUGUUAUUCAAACCAGCAUACAAGGUUCUCAUAAAUGCCAAAAUUAUAGCUCACUUAAGCAUUUUGCACAAAAAUAAAUAAAUUCAUGGUUAUGUCACUUUUAUAAAUGUACUUGCAGUUUAAAAAAGUAUUCUGAAUAUUUACUAAUCUGUAUUAUCUUUAGUAUAUUACAAACAAGUACAUUUGAUCAAAUAUAAACGAAGUUGUAUUAAAUGAUUAGAAACUAACAUUUAUCGUUGUUUACAGAAUUGUAGAAAAUUGACGAGCAGUGUUUACAAAUUCCACAUAUAAAUUUCAUUGAUCAUCAUAAUACACUUUAUAUAUUUUAUUUAGUAAAACAUCAUUCCAUUCUUUUUCUUUUACAUUUUGUAUUGUAUUAAAUACAUUGUGGCAAUCAUCUCAGAGGACUGCGAUAACAUGGUGCUUGGAAAAUGGCUGCAUCACAUUUAUGCUGGGGAUUUGACUGCAUUGAUAGUCGUGUUGAAUGAAAUUUCCAUUUCCUCCAUUCUGCAGAUGUGUACAUUCCUCCAGUGUGCACAUUGUGUUUAAUUCAAAGAUUUCUCUCCUGCUGAUCUGUUAAAAAGGUCGGCAGAUUUAUUUUUGAACUAAUGGCUGUAAUUUGCGAUUUCAAGUUACAAGCAUCAUGGUAUAAAAGGAAAAUGGUAUACUGUCUGUAUUCUUAAACGUGUACAUCUCUCAUAAAGCUCAUCAGUAUGAUUUACUUCUGUUUUUAAUCCUCAGUCACGGUAAAUAAAAGAAUGGAAAUUGCA